AUGCAGCGUCGUCGGUGGUGGAAGUUGAUCGCUGGUCGAGGUGCUGGUUUCGUGUUUGUGUGCUGCGCUGAAGUCGAAGCUCAAACGAGUGACUGCGGUGAGGUGAGGAAAAUUCAGCGCAACGCGAAACGAGGAAAGACCUUGAACAGUCACUUUUUACGGCAUCAACAAACAACACCUCUUUACGGGUUUGUGGAAAAUCCCGCUUGUGGCGGCGACGUUAUGCUGAAGGCGGUCGUCUGCGAAGGUGAGACUCACUUCACGCGAUACACCGCAGCCUUCUUGAAUGAUCGCGUGUCAAAGUUUCGCGUAGCACGGCCUGCCGUCUCGGUCCGCGUAAUCCCUGCUUGUCGCGUCCUGGAACGGAACGCGCUAGACUUGCCCUCGGCUGAGGCUCUGCUCUGCUACCGAGAUUGGACGCCAUCGUCACUCCCGUGUCGUGUUCAGUCAGGGCACUUUGAACCAACACUCCACCAUUUUCAAGUCACAGCAAGCAGUGAUGGCCUCCGGGAGAGCAGCAACGACCUAGCUCUGGACGGGUUGUACUCGGCUGAGAGCUCUGUCAUGCAUCCACAACAAAAGCUCCUUCCGACCUCGAGAACGAUGAGCCUGAACGCUUCCCAUCCUGGGAACGUCUCUUGA